GUGGCCGGCCUGCGAGGCAUGGCCCGGUGUGGGGAGGGCGGUGAGGCCCCGGGGGUGCCUUUGGGGUCCCCCGGCGUUUGCGUUCAGGGGCUGCCGAGGAAGGGGCCCAGUGAGAGGCGCCGGCUGAAGGCGAUGGUGUCGGAGCAGCUCAGCCAAGAUCUGCUCAGGCUUCUAAGGGAAGAAAUCCAUGCAGAUGUUACUUUCUCUGUAGGUUGUACUUUGUUCAAAGCACACAAAGCAGUCCUUUUAGCAAGGGUUCCUGACUUCUAUUUUUAUACUGUUGGACCGAUAUCGAGUCAUUUAACAGAUCAUGAGUCUGUUGCUCUGGAGAAUGUUGAAGCGUCAGAAUUUAGGACAUUUUUACAGAUUGUAUAUUCAUCCAACAGAAAUAUAAAAAACUACGAAGAGGAAAAUCUUAGGAAAAAGAUAGUGAAGAGUAGCCUAUCACAAAAAAAACUGGACUUUAAUUUUCAAAAAUGUAAAGAAUCAUCUGAUUCUUUUCUUCAAAAGCCUGAAAAUCCAGAAGAUAUGAGUGAUCGAGAUGACAGUUUAAUUUCCAAUGAUACCUAUGACUUGGAACCUGCAUCUGAAUUAGGAGAAGAUUUAUUGAAGCUUUAUCUGAAACAUUGUUGUCCAGAUAUUGAUAUUUAUGUUGAUGGAAAAAAAUUCAAAGCUCACAGGGCCAUUUUAAGUGCCAGAUCUAGUUAUUUUGCUGCAAUGCUGAGUGGCUGUUGGGCUGAAAGCACCCAAGAGUAUAUUACUCUUCAAGGUAUAAACUAUGUAGAAAUGAAUAUUAUGAUGCAUUUUAUAUAUGGAGGAACUUUGGAUUUUCCAGGAAAAGCUAAUGUUGGUCAAAUACUCAAUAUGGCUGAUAUGUAUGGACUAGAAGGAUUAAAAGAAGUAGCCAUCUAUAUUUUAAGAAGAGAUUACUGUAAUUUCUUUCAAAAGCCUGUCCCCAGAACAUUGGCAUCUAUACUAGAGUGCCUUAUUAUCGCUCAUUCAGUUGGAGUGGAAACUCUUUUUGCUGACUGCAUGAAGUGUAUUGUGAAGCAUUUUGCAAGGUUUUGGUCUGAGAGAAGCUUCGCAAAUGUACCUCCUGAGAUUCAGAGAGAUUGUCUUCGUAUGUUGAUUCAGUCCUUAAAUGAUAAGAAUGCUGCUCUUCUUCUGAUGGAAAGUGACAGGCUUGUCAUCAGUUUGCCCAGAGUGAAGUGGACAGAAGCAGCACUGACUAUGGCAUCUCAGCUCCAAGAGGAAUGUAUUGCGUUUAUUGUAAAAAACUUCUCCAAGAUUAUUCAAAGUGAAAAUUUUGCUCUUCUCUUACAGUCACAAGCAAUGAGCAGUACAUAUGAUCUGUUGGACAAAAUUUUAAAAGCAAUUGAAGAAAACAUUACCACUGAAAACAGCUGCUCUCUCCUCAUGGCCCUGGACACGUUACUGAGUUCGGACAGUACAAAAGAAAUGGGUUUUACGUGCAAGAUCCAAGCUCUGCGUGAUAAGCUGUGGAUCUUCCAGGUUCAGUCUUUCUAUGCUGUUCGUCACACAGAGGGCUGGAAGCUGAUGAACACAGAUGAUCAAGAGAAAAUCCAAGCAGCUGCAUUUGACAAAGGUGAUGAUCGAAGACUUGGCAAAAAGCCUAUAUUCAGUAGCUCUCAGCAAAGGAGACAAGUUUCUGAUGCAGGUGUUAUAAACAAAAAAUCCUGGAGGAGAAAUAGCAAGAAAGACUGCUGGAGUUCUGUCUCUGCUAAUCAGAAGAUGAAGUCGGAUGGAUUAGGAGCAUCUGGGCAUUCCUCAAGCACUCAUAGAAAUAGUACAAAUAAAACUCUGAAGCAUGAUGGUUUAAAGGAAAAGGAUGGUAUGAAAAUAGCAUCUAAGAUUACAAAAGAAUUAAAAACUGGGGAAAAAAGUGUUUCUGGAAAGCCUAAAACUAUAAUAAAGCCCAAAACAGAAAACAAUGGCAAUGCAAAGUUGGAAACCAUGUCAUCUAGACAAGUUGUGGAAAGACCAGCACCAGCAGCAGCAGCAGCUGGACAGAAAAACUCAGUAAAUGGAAAAGGGAAAUCAAUGGAAAAUGGAAAUCAAGCAGGGCAGCUUACAGGUGCCAGACCCAAGACACUUACUGGCAACUCAAAUGUGCAAGCCAGAGCAAAGCCUUUGAAGAAAAUGACCGGGAAAAAUUCUCCAUGUCCCAGCAUUGCAGGGCACUCCAACAGAUCUACAAAUUCAAGUAUGGAGUUACUGAUUUCCACUGAAUGUCUCAAUGAACCAGAAGAAAAUGGAUCAAUGGGUGCAGAGAAGUCUUCUGGUCAUAAGCCUUCGUUCUGCAAUUCUUCAGGACAGAUGGUGAAAAACAGUGUAGAGAGUGCCAAAACUUCCACUGUGGCGAUAAAAUCUCGACCUGUUUCAAGAGUUACCAAUGGAACUUCUAAUAAAAAAAACACUCAUGAACCAGACAAUAAUAUAAAUAAUAGCAUACUAAAGAAGGUCAGUGGCAAAGGAUGUAGUGAUCCAGUACCACAAGCAGUUUUGAAGAAAAGAGGGAAUGGGACUGGAUGUACUACAGCUCAACAGAGGACCAAGAGUGCCCCAAGUAAUCUUGCUAAAACUCAAGGAUCCCAAGGAGAGUCACCAAAUUCAGUAAAAUCUUCAGUUUCUUCAAGGCAAUCUGAUGAAAAUGUGACAAAGUUGGAACACAAUACAACUACAGAUAAACAAACACCCAAGAGAAAAAUUGCCAAGCAAGCACAGGCACCUAUGUCUAAGGUUAAUGCAAAAAUAGCAGCAAUGCCUAAAAACCUCAAUCAGCCAAAGAAGGGUGAAACGUUGAAUAAUAAAGAUUCGAAACAAAAGCCUCUUCCUGCACAGGUAGUACUGAAAACGCAGUCGUCUUCUCAAAGACCAUUAAAAAGCGAAACAUCUCUUGUCCAAAAAAGUAUGCUUCGUGAUGUACAAGAUAAUAAUAACGGGGACAGUGUUUCUGAACAGAAGUCUCACAGGCCUGUCAUUAACCUUGUGCCUGAAGUCAGUGCUGCAGAAGCUUGCCAGUCGUCACGCAAAUUGGACUCACGAAAACUGAACAAUCAAGAACAAGACAAGUUGAUGUUAGAAUGCCAAAACAUUUCAAAGCUGGAGAAAUCAAUGGAGCAUGAACUGGAAUCAAACCAGAUUUGUUCAGAUGGAAGUGAAACGAAAUUUUCCAGUCUCAAAGAAACAGAUCAUUACUGUGCAACUCAAAAUUCUGCUGGAAAUAAUAAUGUAGAUGCAAAAUUUUGUAGCGCCACUGCCCUAAAACCCAUGAUUUCAAAUCCAGAUAAAAACUCCCUGAACUCUAGUCCAAUUUGUGAUCUAGACUCAACAAAUACAGAGCAAAUUCAUUUACUAUCAGAUAAGGACAAUCAAGUAGGUACAAACCAAAAGUCAAGCAUUAUGUGUGUGAAAGAUGUUUUAUCUUGUGUUCCUGAAAGGACAAACGGUACCUUAAAUUCUGUUCAGGAUGACAGAAAAUGUACAGGUCAUGUAGGAGAACCAAGAAUUCCUAGUCAGUUCUCUGAUGACUUUGCUGUAAGCGAAGAUAAACAUGCAACAGCAGACUCAGAUAUUUCUUCCAAAAGUUUUUCAGGGAAAUUAUCAGGAAAAAAUUCUCCUAAAAAUAUGGAAACAGCAGAAACUCCAGAGAGCCAUGGAACUCCAGAAGCCCCAUUCAUGGGCCACUGGAAUUUGAGUGCCAGUGUUCUGCAUCCGCGAGAGAGUCCCGAGUCGGACACUGGCAGUGCUACCACAUCCUCUGACGACAUAAAGCCCAGAUCUGAAGACUAUGAUGCUGGGGGGUCUCAGGAUGACGAUGGGUCGAACGACAGAGGUAUUUCUAAGUGUGGCACUAUGCUGUGCCAUGAUUUUCUUGGAAGAAGUAGCAGUGAUACCAGUACACCUGAAGAAUUCAAAAUAUAUGAUAGUAAUUUAAGAAUUGAAGUAAAAAUGAAAAAGCAAAGUAGUAAUGAUCUUUUCCAAGUUAACUCAACAAGUGAUGAUGAAAUUCCUAGGAAGAGACCAGAAAUCUGGCCACGAUCUACAGUAAUCCACCCUAGGGAGAAAGAAAAUAUUCCACGAGGCAGUGUGCAGUUUGCUCAGGAAAUAGAUCAAGUUUCUUCUUCUGCUGAUGAAACGGAAGAUGAACGGUCUGAAGCUGAAAAUAUGGCAGAAAAUCUCUCUGUCUCUAAUGCAGCUCCACAGCAGUUUCAAGGAAUAAUUAAUUUAGCUUUUGAAGAUGCAACUGAAAAUGAAAGUCGUGAAUUUUCUACAACUAAAAAGUUUAAAAGGUCAGUUUUACUUUCUGUAGAUGAAUGUGAAGAACUGGGGUCUGAUGAAGGGGAAGGCCACACUCCCUUUCAGCCUCCCACAGAUGCUCUUUCACCUUCGGAUGUUUUUGAUGGCAUUUCUCAUGAACGUCAUGGAAGGACCUGCUAUUCUCAAUUCUCAAAACAAGGGAGAGAAGCUAGUAUUUUAGAAUGUAAACAGCAAGAUAAAGGCAAUGGUAUAUAUAAAAAUGAAAACACUCUUGUACAUCUUAGUAGCAUUGAUUCUUCAAGAAAAGAUAAACAAAUUAUUUCCACCACAGAAAAAAAAAAGAACACAAUAGAUGCCCUGUCCAAAGGAGACAGCCUGCUUCUUCCAGAAGAUAAAACAAACAGUGGAAGCAGUGUGGGGAACAGCAUUCAGCCACGCAGCAGACUCUCAGAUGCUGACAUGAAAUCUCAAGAAAGACCAUGCCAUUUGGAGCUUCAUCAAAGAGAACCCAGUUCUGACAUACCAAAGAACAGCUCUGCAAAAUCUCUCGACUCUUUUCGGAGUCAAGUUCUGCCUCAGGAAGGUCAAAUCAAAGAGAGCCAUUCCGCAGCUGCCGUAAAAGCUAAUGUUGCUUUAUCUGCAGGAGACAUAGAUGAUUGUGACACACUGGCACAAACCUGCAUGUCUGACCAUCGGCCUGCAAAAACCCUCUCUCCAAUAUAUGAGAUGGAUGUAAUAGAAGCAUUUGAACAGAAAAUGGAAUCAGAAACACACGUUACAGAUACAGAUUUUGAAGAUGAUCAACACUUUGCAGAACAAGAUUGGACACUACUAAAACAACUUCUCUCUGAACAGGAUUCAAACUUAAAUAUUACAGAUUCUGUCCCAGAAGACUUAAACUUAGCACAGUAUCUAAUCAAUCAGACACUACUUUUAGCACGAGACAGCUCAAAACCUCAGGGUACAGCACAUGUUGGCACUUGGAACAGAUGGAGCGAACUAACAUCUCCUCUUGAUAAUUCCUCAGCAAGUAUCAGCAUGGCCAGUUUUUCCUCUGAAGAUUGUUCACCUCAAGGGGAAUGGACAAUUCUGGAACUGGAAACUCAACAUUAAGAGUGUUAACAUUUUAGAAAAUUUUAAACUAUGGCACCCCUUUAUUUUUUGAUGCCUAUAUUCUAUCCAAAUGAUAAUUGCAUUAGCCAGAUAAAGAUUCUUAAUAUUGUGAAAAUCUUUCCAAAUUGUUGAGGUAAAACAUAGUUUAUUAAUAUGAUACCACUUGUAGAAAAAGGUGUUUUCUAACAUUUUCAGCAUGUUUUCUAUAAUUAUUGGGGAAAUUAGAAGACUUAUUUGCUUCAGUUUUCCAUUCCUAACUGAUCCUUUGUUCACUUGUUUACCAAUCAAGAAUUGAAAAUGUGAAUGCACAGUACAUCAGCCCUUUACUUUUUGCUUGGCAUAGAGUGACAUAGUAAUUUAACAAUAAAAAUACUGCUGUGUUUGUGUCAGUUUA